AUGCUUCUUCCACCCAAGCAUUUACCUAAACUGUACAAAGAGUUGUCUAAAGCAAAACUAGCUGGUUUAGUAGCAUUAACAACAAUGGCGGGUUAUGCUAUGGCCCCUGGCGCAAUAGACGUAUCAGCUUUACUUUGUACAACAGUUGGAACAGGUCUUUGCAUUUCCUCUGCAAAUGCCAUCAAUCAAUGGAUCGAGAUUCCUUAUGAUGCACAAAUGCUGAGAACAAGAAACCGAGUCUUGGGUAGACGCUCCCUAAGUCCCCUACACGCUUUCAAUUUUGGUGUACUCUCGGGCACAGCGGGUGUCACAAUACUUGCGACCAUGGUGAAUCCGUUGACAGCCAUACUGGGUGCAAGUAAUAUCUUUCUAUACACCAUGAUCUAUACACCUAUGAAACGCGCUUCAAUUGCCAAUACAUGGGCUGGCGCUGUCGUAGGAGCCAUUCCACCCAUGAUGGGGUGGACAGCUGUCACGAACAGUCUUGAUAUCGGUGCCUGGGUGCUUGGCGCAAUUCUUUAUGCGUGGCAAUUUCCCCACUUUAAUUCCCUGGCCUGGAAUCUUCGAGCAGAUUAUUCAAAAGCAGGCUACCGUAUGAUGGCAGUGACAGAUCCCAAACUAAAUGCACGUGUUUCCCUAAGGUAUUCAUUAGCCAUGUUUCCAUUGUGCUGGAGUAUGCCUUGCUUAGGUAUGACCUCUUGGUUUUUUGCAGCUGAUUCAACUAUUGUAAAUGCAGCAUUAUUAUACGGUGCCUUUAAGUUUUGGCGUAAAAGUGAUGAAAAGAAUGCAAGACACCUCUUUUUUGGCAGUACAGUUCAUUUACCUAUAUUACUGGCUUUAAUGAUGGGACAUAAAAUGUAUAAUACUAAUAAUGAUAAUACUAUAGAAUUACAUGAAGCGCAAGAUGAAGAAUAA